AUGCCUGAUAUGAAUGCCAUUGUCGUGGAGAAGUACGGAGGAAUCGAGAAUCUUGUGCACAAGCGAGUGCCCAAACCCACGGAGUUGAAUGAUUAUGAUGUACUUGUGCGAGUGAAAGCUGCCAGUGUCAACCCGAUUGAUAUGAAAGUAAGAGCGGGUGUCUAUGAUGACUAUGCCGACUACUACGAUCAUGUACCAAAGCCAAAACCAGGCGAAGGCGGCUACCAAAUCAUCGGAUUUGAUGGAGCUGGUGUGAUUGAACAAGUCGGCCCAAAAGUCAAGAACUUUUCUGCCGGUGACGCGAUUUACUAUUCGGGCUCGCCCAUACGACAAGGCUCAAAUGCAGAGUUCCAGCUGGUCGACUCUCGAUCCGUUGCCAUGAAACCCAAGAACCUUAACUUCAUCGAGUCUGCGGCAUUGCCCCUAACUUGGAUCACCGCGUAUGAGGCUCUGAUCGCUAGAAUGGUCCUUGAUUUGCCUGUGGUCGUUACCACGACAUCGCGACCCGAAACCACCGAGUUCUCAAAAUCUAUGGGAGCUACGCAUACGGUGAAUCACCGUGAAGAUCUGCCACCACAGAUUGAGAAACUGGGAUUGGAAGUACCAAUCAAGUACAUCUUCAUCACCCACUCGACAACUCCUUACAUCGAGCCGGCGGCCAAGAUCUGUGCUCCAUUUGGCAAAGUCUGCUCGAUUGUUCAAGCCAAGGAUAUCCAGAUGUACGGCACGGAGUUUAUGGCCAAGUCCCUAAGUUUCGUUUGGGAGCUGCUAGGUACAAAACCCUGGUACGGAGUGGAUAUGGAUUCCCACGGCAAGAUACUGGAAGAGCUUAGACAAUUGGUCGAAGACGGAAAGGUCAAGACUCAUCUACAGCAGAGCUUCAGACUGGAUCUGGAGGGGCUGAGGAAGGCGCAUGAAGCUAUUGAGGGUGGAGGCUCUAUGGGCAAGAAUGGCUUGAGUGUUGACUUCGGUGAAGGAGGUACUCCAUUUGCAUAG